AUGCAACGGUGCAAUGUCGACGACGAUGACUUCGACGACGACAACGACGGCUUCGACGAUGACGACAACAUCGACGACAACAUCGACGACGACGACGACGACAACAAACAAGGCGUCGUCGACGAUUCGAAGCCAGUCACAGGCCCGUGGGCUAGAGUGCGAGGACACGGUCCGCGCGACAAGUCUGGCGCGCGGACCACGAGGCGGUCGAGCGAAGCCCGCGAAAUCGGUCGAUCGCGAUAG